UGCGUGAUGGUGUACGGUUUGACUUUUUGUUUGACGUAAAUUAAUCGUGGUGUAGUAAAUAUGGCUGACGAACUCAAUGUUGACAGUCUUAUUCACAGACUUUUAGAAGUUCGAGGAUGCAGGCCAGGGAAGACGGUACAGAUGUCCGAGUCAGAGGUGCGUGGUCUCUGCACCAAGUCGCGGGAGAUAUUUCUUCAGCAACCAAUAUUACUGGAGUUGGAGGCACCAUUAAAAAUUUGUGGUGAUAUUCACGGACAGUAUACAGAUUUGCUGCGUCUCUUUGAAUAUGGAGGAUUUCCACCGGAAGCCAAUUAUUUAUUUUUAGGCGACUAUGUUGAUCGUGGGAAGCAAUCUCUUGAGACCAUAUGCCUUCUGCUUGCAUACAAAAUAAAGUAUCCUGAAAACUUCUUUCUGCUGCGAGGCAAUCAUGAAUGUGCAAGUAUAAACCGUAUUUAUGGUUUCUAUGAUGAGUGCAAACGCCGAUACAACAUAAAGCUGUGGAAGACAUUCACGGAUUGCUUCAACUGCCUGCCGAUAGCAGCCAUCAUUGAUGAGAAGAUAUUCUGCUGCCAUGGCGGCCUGUCGCCCGACCUGCAGGGCAUGGAGCAGAUCAGACGGAUAAUGAGACCAACAGAUGUGCCUGAUACAGGUUUGCUGUGUGACCUGCUGUGGUCCGAUCCCGACAAGGACGUGCAAGGUUGGGGCGAGAACGACCGCGGAGUGUCCUUCACUUUCGGCCCCGACGUCGUCAGCAAGUUUCUCAACAGACAUGAUUUGGACUUAAUUUGUAGAGCUCAUCAGGUGGUCGAGGAUGGGUACGAAUUCUUUGCGAAACGUCAGCUGGUGACUUUGUUCUCUGCGCCCAACUACUGCGGCGAGUUUGACAACGCCGGUGGCAUGAUGUCCGUAGACGAGACACUCAUGUGCUCUUUCCAGAUAUUGAAACCAUCUGAGAAGAAAGCUAAAUAUCAGUACAACGGCAUCAACAGCGGCAGACCGGCCACGCCGCAGAGGUCGCCUCCAAAGAAGAAAUAACUGACGUUUGGGAUCCAGUGUGCUGCACAGUGAGACGAAUGCUACAACAUUAUAUGUUUAAUUAUAUCAACUAUUUUAAUUAAUAUAUUAAACAUAGUCAACAGCAAAGCCGAAUAAAACUUCAAUGUUGACAAAUUAUUUAUCAAUUUGCUUGUGCCUUCUUAUUUUUAUUUUUUAAUGUAGCGAGUGAUAUUAAUUUACUUAUUUAGUUAACAGAGUUUAUUAAUGUCACGUGGUGUGAUGUUUUAUUCGGCGAUGGUUUCAGACUAUAGCUUUUUCGAUCCCUGACCAUUAGCUUCCAUUGGAUGCGAGUUCAGUUGACAUCACCCUAUUGAUAUCGUAGAGAAAUUGUUAUGUUGAUGUUGAACAUAGGAUGGUUCAGAACGAUGCGGGCAUUGGACACGAAGCGUCACAUUGAAUAUAUUAUCUAUUAUUUAAGUUGUAGUGGAUCCAAAGCACUCUGCUUUGUCUAUCAUUGUGUAACGAAUGUGCCUACGACUGUAAAGUAUACAUAGGUCUCGGUAUAAGUGACGAUUAUUGUUUCGAUUAAAAAUUCUAGUUUAUUAAAAUUAAGAAUUCCCUUUCUUUCUAAAAAUUUAGUCAUAAUAUAUGUUUGGUUUAGUGUUAAAUAAUGAUUUUAUUUAUUUCAAAAAGGAACAUGCUUUGGAGCUGGCCUAAGUCGUGGUAAAACCUUCGGACACAGCUGGAUUUUCAGUUAGGACUUCAUUGCAGCUCACUAGAUAUUAUUUAGCGGGUGUGUGCCGAUGCUCCCAGUGAAAUUAAUGUUAAUUUGCACUCAGUAUUAAUGUUUAAUAUGAAUUAAGUAGAUGAUUGGAUAAAUUUUGUCAGAUUGGCAAGUCCGCCCCACUGAGGCUAUACCUUCAAUUUGUAGUAAGUCUCAAAACUCCACAACGGAUGUAACAGUGGUAGACGCAGUGUAGUCCUCGCAACAAUAGUGCAAUUGCUAUCUUGUUACGAUUAUAUUUAAAUUAUAUGCAGGUUUUGCAUUGUACAAUUUUAAUUUUUAGCUAUAGCUUAUUUUAAUAUAUUACUUUUAAUAUAUUAAAAUAUCAAAUAUUCAAUAAAUAUCGCUAAUUAAAAUAAGAAGUUUAUUUUUGUUUUUUCUUUUUCAUUUAGAUUUGCAUUUAUGGAGAUAACUCUUCUUGUUUUUGCAUAAAAAUUUUAACAUUACUAAUGAAAUCUUGAGAAUUGUUCUCAUUAUUUUAAAAUCACUGUUUGCUAUUUUUCUUUUUGCUUUUUUAAAUUUAUGAAUUAAAACUUUAUUCUCGUUUUGUCUACUUGUAAGCUAUUAACUAGUAACUUGUGCUGAAAUUAGAUUUAUGUGAAUUCACUUUAUUAUUACACUUAAAGUAUCUAUUUUCAUCUACACUUAUAAAUGAAUAGUUUCAAAUGUUAUUGAGUUUAAAUAUACUUAGAUUUAAAUUUUUUGUUGUAAUUUUCUCAGGUGUGUACAAUUUUCUGAAAUAUAAAUUUUACUCAAUA